ACACAAGACGCACACUCCCCCCUCCACUCCCCCCUUGUGCAACUUGUGAUUCCAGAGAGCCCUGAAAAGUAUGUGCGUGCCCCUCCUCCAGCUCCUUUUCCUACCGGCUGACCUGAGAUCCAUGCCUGGCAGAGCACGCUCCCAGAAAGCAGCCCGAUGACUCUAACCAGGCAGGAUUUCGGUGGGACGCUUCCGCGCCCCUGUGAGUUGGGCAUUGCCAGCAUGGAAUGCAGCAGCAGCAAAGAGGAAACCAUGCUGCAGUCCUUGGCAGCUGGAGAGCCCUUCAGGCCCGUGGAGCCCCCGAAGAAGGCAACGGGGAGGUUGGUGAUGCACAGCAUGGCCAUGUUUGGCCGAGAGUUCUGCUACGCCGUGGAGGCUGCCUUCGUCACACCUGUGCUGCUCAGCGUGGGGCUCCCCAAAAGCCUUUAUAGCCUCGUCUGGCUCAUAAGCCCCAUCCUUGGUUUUGUGCUGCAGCCCGUGGUUGGCUCAGCCAGUGACCACUGCAAUUCAGCCUGGGGCAAGCGGAGACCUUACAUCCUGGUCCUGGGCAUUAUGAUGCUGGUAGGGAUGGCUCUGUACCUCAAUGGAGACACAGUUGUCUCAGCUGUGGUUGCAGACAGAGGCACCCAGAGGACUUGGGCUAUAGUUAUCACCAUGCUGGGAGUGGUGCUCUUUGAUUUUGCUGCUGACUUCAUUGAUGGUCCCAUCAAGGCCUAUUUAUUUGACGUCUGCUCUCACCAGGACAAGGAGAAAGGGCUUCAUUAUCAUGCCCUCCUGACAGGUCUGGGAGGGGCCCUUGGCUACCUUACAGGUGCCAUCGAUUGGGGGCAUACCGUCUUGGGAAAAUAUUUGGGAUCAGAAUUCCAGGUGAUGUUCUUUUAUGCUGCUCUUGUGUUCCUGAUCUGCCUUACUGUACACUUGUGCAGUAUUCCCGAAACUUCUCUCACUGACAAGGUAGAAUCCGAAGCCCUGCUGAAAACAGCUGAGCCCUAUCCAUAUGGUUCCAUAGGAAAAGUCAAGAAUGGUUAUUUUAACAGCGGAUAUAAUGAAAUACGGGUUUUAUCUCGGCAAGGGAAGCCCACCCUCAAAGAAGACAUUCAGGUUCAGAAGCAGAUGACCAUUAAGUCCCUCCUCAAAGCACUCCUAAGCAUGCCUUCCCACUACCGCUGCUUGUGCGUGAGCCAUCUGAUGGGAUGGACAGCUUUCCUUUCCAACAUGCUCUUCUUCACCGAUUUCAUGGGGCAGAUUGUAUUCAAUGGUGAUCCUUAUGCACCUCAUAACUCCACAGCGUACCUAACCUACGAAAGGGGAGUAGAGAUCGGGUGCUGGGGGAUGUGUAUCAACGCCAUCUCUUCCUCGCUUUAUUCCUAUUUGCAGAAAGCGCUUCUGCCUUACAUUGGAUUAAAGGGACUUUACUUCAUUGGAUACCUGCUUUUUGGGCUAGGCACUGGCUUCAUUGGGCUCUUUCCCAAGGUGUAUUCGACUUUGGCCCUCUGUUCCCUCUUCGGCGUAAUGUCCAGCACAUUAUACACAGUGCCAUUCAACCUCAUUGCUGAUUAUCACAAGGAGGAGGAGGAGGGCCAGAUGGGAGGACAAGCCGGAGAGCACAAACGAGGAAAAGGUGUGGACUGCGCUGCCCUCACUUGCAUGGUCCAGCUGGCGCAGAUCAUUGUUGGGGUGGGCCUGGGCUUCCUGGUCAGCGCUGCUGGGAGCGUGGUGGUAGUGGUGAUCUCUGCCUCUGCAAUCGCUUUACUGGGCUGCUGCUUUGUAGCGUUCUUUGUUCGUUAUGUGGAAGAGAACAAUAAAUAGUCGAAGCUUGGGAGAAGCUGCUGUCUGACAAA